AUGUUUUCAAGGCACAUUUCCUCAAUAUCUGGAUAUCACAUGUUGCAAGUAAUGAGGUUUGCUGUUGAGGAGAUCAAUAAUUCUACAACUCUUCUGCCUAAUGUUUCUCUGGGCUAUGAAAUUUUUGACUAUUGUUCUAAUACAAAAAAUUUCAAUUCAGCCUUAAGUUUCAUCUCAAAAAAUGGCUCAAUAAAACCUAAAGAAAAACUCAACAACUAUCAGCCUAAAGUGAUUGCUUUAACAGGACCAUAUGGAAGUACAAGAACUAUGACUAUUGCACCACUGUUCACAAUGGACCUUAUACCAAUGGUGAAUUAUGGAGCUUCUACCUCUGUGUUAAGCAAUAAACUUCAGUAUCCUUCUUUUGUAAGAACAAUGCCCAGCAACAAGGACCUGAUAGAGAUGAUUAUUCACAUCAUACGGUGGUUUGGAUGGAACUGGGUUGCAUUUAUUGGUAGCCAAGAUGAUUACAGUUCAGAUGGACUAAAGCUGUUUAAUAAGUAUAUAAACAAUACUGGCAUUUGUUUGGCCUAUCAAGAGUGUCUAAGUUCAAACGCAAACUACAGUCUAACGCUUAAAAAGAUUGAUAUGCUCAACAUCAAUGUCAUUGUUGUUUUUGCUUGGCCACAAUAUGCAAGCAAAUUCAUCAAAGCAGCCAUAGCAAACAACAUCCAACACAAAGUAUGGAUUUCAAGCAAUGCAUGGUCUAUGAAUAAACAGCUUCCAAGAGAGCCAGGAAUUGCAAAAAUUGGCACAAUCAUUGGCAUUGCAGAGAGACUGUUGUCAUUGCCCGGAUUUAAUGAAUUUGUCUAUAAAUCCAGAGGAACAACUGGUGCUGGUCUUAAUGAUUCUGAGGGUGCAAUCAAGAGGAAGAAAUGUAAUCAAGUUUGUGAUUACUGCUCAUUGUUGACCGCAGAGGAGAUUAUAAAUGAAAACCCCACAUUCUCUUUUGCCAUCUAUUCUGCCAUAUAUACCAUAGCUCAUGCAUUACAUAAAGUUCUGCAGUGUGACAUGAACGAAUGCCACAAAAAUACAAUGGUCAAGCCAUACAUGCUUCUGGAGGAGAUAAAGAAGUUGGAUUUUCCCCUCAGUGGCCGUCAGGUGAAAUACGAUAAAAAUUAUGAUCCGACCAUCAGUUAUGCAGUUGUGCUCUGGCGCACUGAUGUGAAUCCUCCACAGUUUGUGAUGGUGGGAAAAUAUGAGAAACUUCCAAAAAUUGCUUUUACCAUUGAUAACUCCCUCCUUCCCUGGCAUAACAAUGGUUCAGUUCCGUUCUCAAACUGCUCUGUUGAGUGUGAGGCGGGAUAUUCGAGGCAACCUGAAGGUUUUCAUAGUUGCUGUUUUUCGUGUGAAGAAUGUCGACCUAACACCUAUGUGAAUUUUUCUCACAACCCCUAUACCUGUUUUCCAUGUGCAGAGAAUGAAUGGUCUGAUGAAGGCAGCACGACAUGUAAAACACGUUUGGUUGUCUAUCCUCAGUUCACAGAAAUCCCCUCCAUCAUUGUCAUGAUUUCAGCCGGAUGCCUAAUUAUUCUCCUUAUUGCUAUAUUUUGCCUUUUUACUUACAAUUACGACACACCAGUGGUAAAGUCUGCUGGUGGCAGCAUGUGUUUACUCAUGUUGGCCAGUUUGAUUCUGUCUAGUAUAAGUGUGUUCUUUUUCUUCGGAAAACCCACAUUUGUAUCUUGCCUCCUGAGAAAUGGAAUAUUUGUAUUUUUCUUCACUGUCUGUAUUUCCUGUUUGACAGUCCGUUCCUUUCAAAUUGUUUGUGUUUUUAAAAUGGCUGCUCAAUUCCCUAAAGCACACAGCCUUUGGACCAACUACUUCUCAUCUGUGAAAGGGGGAACCCUAUAA